CAGCUGCUAGGAACCAUGUCAGAAGAUGACGGAUACAGUUGUCGCUGAGGGACAAGUCAAGUUUAGAGAUGGGAAAAAGUGGAAGUCUCGGUGGGUCGUCGUUCGGAAGCCUUCUCCGGUCGCAGACUGUCUGUCUGUGCUCGCCUACAAAGACAAGAAGAAAGCCAAGGAGCGUCUUGGUGUGACACUAGAGGGCAUAUAUGGUGUGGAACCAGGGCCAGGUUAUGAUGGCGUCAGCUACACGCUCUCUAUCCUCUGCCUGGCACACACCUUGGUGCUGGGCUUCCACAGUCGAGAAGCUCUUCUGGCCUGGGACUCCCACGUACGCUACAGCCUGGGGGAAGUCCACAGAUUUGGUGUCACCGUGGAGCCCGGUACCAAAUUGGAGAUUGGCCCCGCUUCUCUCCACCUGUGCAACAACCUAUUGGCCCUCACCAGGGGACUCCCUCCCGCCAUCAUUGGCCACUGGAAGCUGUCCUCUUUACGUCGAUAUGGCGCGGUGCCAAAUGGCUUUGUGUUUGAGGGAGGGACUCGCUGUGGAUUCUGGGCAGGAGUUUUCUUCUUGUCCUGCUCAGGCGGAGAGCAGAUCAGUUUUCUGUUUGACUGCAUCGUCAGGGGCAUCAACCCCAGCAGGGCGAAGCAUGGGCUGCGACCUUCCCUGCCAGCAGAGACCUUCAAUGCCAAUCCGGCAUCGGAUGAAGAACGGCUCAACCAGGAAGCCUGCGAGCUGGAGAAAAGACUCAGCAUGCUGUCCACUUGCAGUCUUGCGAGCAGCACAGCUUCCACUUACAGCUGCAGCACAUCUGUUGCCGUGGACGACCGCAGCAGUAUCUCCAGCUCCUCCUCCAGCAAAUCCGACACGAGCUACGGGAGCCGACAUCCUUUCUGGGCAGAGCCGUUCGUAAAGUUGCACCUCCCCAGCGAGACAGCGUUGAGCUCAUCCUCGCUGAAGGCCUUGACCACUUCAGAUGACCGUCUGUACGCUGCUGUGAUGGGAGGCUGUGGUCCAUCUUCCACUCAACUCCAUCCUCGUGGUCUCCAUGACAGCGGGCGCCAGAGCUCGUUGGAUAGCGGCAUUGGGAUAGCGACCGGGAGCUCAGGCAGCUUCUCCUCCCGUACAGGCAGUGUGGACAUGGCCACCCAGGGAGCAGGAGAUGAAUUUGGCUCCCUGGCCACUCUAUCUGCUCCUCCUCCCUCUGCUCCUCCUCCUCCUCCCAAUCCUCCGCCUUCACCUUCCCAGUGCACGCCUCACCAGGAACACAGUGGCGGGCGCUCUCGGCUCGAUGAUGAGCGCCAAAGUUCUGGCCUGCUCAGACAACGUUAUGAUACGCCCAGGAGUCUGAUCCAGAACAGGGCCCUGAGGGACCCCUCAGCAGGUCAGGAGCACCCCUCUGAAAGAGGCAGGGACAGUGCGAUGUGCAGGGAUCGGCUUGCAAGUCAGGACCGAGGACUGACAGACGGCCUACCGGGAUCCCAACCUCAGCGCCAGGCGUUGAUGCAGUACCCGCUGUCAUGGCUCAGUGACAGGACGCCCCCUAUGGAUAAUGAGGAGAAUUCCACCCCCCACCAACUGUUUGUAGCGGGAACCUCAUUUUGUGAAGAAAUACAGCCCUGUCAUGGUUUUGAUAAUUACAUCACACCAGAGCAGUGGCGCACAGCAAAUAGCAGAAGUUUGCCGAUGCAGGUUGGCAACUCCUCAUCAGGUCCAUAGCCUUCUGCUGAUUCAUCAGUUGUGUUAUUACAACAGUGUGCUUGUGUCACUGUCAAAGCGUGUCAUGUACGUGGAUGUGUCCACAUACAGACCAGCUAUGUGCGGCUCACCAUGACUGUCACGACGGGGAUCUGAUUCGGAUGCUAUCCUCUGUGGCAGCCUCCAGCCCUCGUCAGCCAAUCGCAAUCAGCACAGCCAGGCCACAGUCAGCCUAUGGUAAGUUUUAGUCACAUGCGUUCUCCAAUUCCAGUGCAACAAAAUGCUGUAGCGCCCGCUUUAUUUACUCAGAAAACUACAGUUAGUAAAUAUUCACUAACGUCAAGCCACAUAUUCACUUUCAUCACGGUGCAUGUUCAAAAGCUACAUCGUGAACCAUGGUCAUAAACGGAAUGGAAUCAAAGAACACGUCACUGCGGAUAAUUUUUCUGUUGGCUCCCCUACCGCCACUGUUUUCCGAUCCAGAAGAGGGCUCCAUUGACAGGUAUAGCCAUGGAAACAACGGCGCCAUGGCAACAGCUCAGCGAGAGGGUGGCAAGCAAGCACUGGGCAGGGGGGGCCAACUUACUCGGAUGGACAACAAGCGGCGAGGGCCACU